AUGUUUGAAAGACAACUGAAGCAACAACAAGAUGCUAGUCAACGGCAGGAGAAAUUGUUACGCAACGAAAUUUAUCGAUUAAAACGACACAAAUGGGUGAAAGAGAAUGCCUAUAGUCACAGAAAAUCUACAAAAAUUCGUCUUAGUCGUGGGGGAUCGAAUGUUUGUAAUCGUCAUAGCAACAAAAGUGAUCCAACUAACCCAAAUAAUAUUGCAAUAAAUAUUAAUAAUGUUUAA